UGCUGCUGGAGCGCAACGUGACGGUCACCAUGACGAUCACCAUCGGGACGAGGAACCUGCAGAAGUACGUGAGCAGGACGUCGGUGGUGUUCGUGUCCAUCUCCUUCAUCGUGCUGAUGAUCAUCUCUCUCGCCUGGCUCGUCUUCUACUACAUCCAGAGGUUCAGAUACGCCAACGCACGAGACCGGAACCAGCGUCGCCUCGGCGAUGCGGCGAAGAAAGCGAUCAGUAAACUUCAGGUUCGCACCAUCAGGAAGGGCGACCAGGAGACGGAGGCCGACUUCGACAACUGUGCCGUCUGCAUCGAAGGCUACAAGGCCAACGACGUGGUCCGCAUCCUGCCCUGCAGACAUUUGUUCCAUAAGAGCUGCGUGGAUCCGUGGCUGCUGGAUCACCGCACGUGUCCGAUGUGCAAGAUGAACAUCCUCAAAGCUCUGGGCAUCGCU